GUGAGGCGGGGUCGGGCCGACCUUGUCGAGGGCGUCUCGUCCUUGGGUCUCCUUGCUUUCCCGGUGGCUGGCUUGGCCCGGGAGCAUCGCCGUCGGGGAACCCUGACCUUCCAGCUCUCAUCUGCCUUAGACCUUUCAGAGGCUUUUUCUUUUUUCCGUUUUCUCUGGGUAAAUGAAACUAAGCGAGUUUUACUCCGCUGAGAAAGAGCAAUUAACUUUUAAUAUCUCCGCAAGAAGGAAAUGUCUCUAUGUGCAUUCCUCAUAAAUGCUUGUGCUGUAUUCAUUCCAUUUAGCUUAAAGAGGUUUUUAAUUUCCUUAUGCAAAUAACAGCCUUCCAGUUGCUGCCAACCACAGCUGGUGUUGCCACCCUUGCGAUGUUGAAUUCAGCUCCUAUUGUAAUGGAUCGACCCGGAGGUGCCACGUCCAGAGCCAGCAGCUCUGGCAGGUGGACUAGAGCAGGCUUCUGCUGUUUCUUUACGUGAGCAGAAUGGGGUUGUGGGUGCGCAUGGAGAGGUAUUUUCUGCUUCUGAGGCACCAGGCAACUGCGCAGCGCUUUAAACGUGGAGGCUGAACCAGGUCCUUCUCCCAGAGUGUCCGUACCUAUCUGCCUAGGACUGAUUUCCAUUUGCUGAGUCUAUCUGCAGACUGACAAUCAGAGUCUUCUGUUAUAAGCCUACCUGUUGCAAGAAGCUUUUUUCUUCAGCCCUGUGGUGCUCAGUUUCUAGACCCACUGUGUAUUUUCUGAGACCUUGGAGCAGUUUUUGACCUUUAAGGUGUCUUUGGCGUUUAGAGCAUCCUGGCUGGCAACCAGAUUAAAUAAGCUACCUCCCAGCGUUUGCCUUUUGAUGUUACAAAACUCAAAGGCAUUAUGCUGCAGACAACAGCAUUAGUGUUUGGUUUGUUACAACAGCACCUCCUAUGACCAUGCUCUGGAAAAAAUUUCCACACGUCCCUGACGUCACAGCCAUUUGCUUUACGCUGCCUGGAUACCAAAGAGUGCUUUAACUCCUGGAGCACCAUUCUACUGCACCCAGCUCUGCCCGUCAGCCCUGGCUACCUCUGGUGCAUGCAAGGAAGACAAGAGGAUGGAGUGCCUUUCUGACAGUGUCCCUCAGCCUCUGUUUCUCUGGGUGGCCAUCCUGUUUACCUGUCUUUCACAGACUUAGAACAACCAGAUGUCAGCUUUCAUUGUGAUGCUUCUCUAAUGAUGUAGGGGUUUUUUUGAUGGAGCUGGGGAGUGAGGAGGAAUAUUUCCACCCACUACUUACUCCCCAUCUCUGGUACCUCAUCACUUCAAGUCCUUCAAAUAAACUAUAUCUGUUUUGUUUGCGAUUAGGUGAGGACAGUCUGAGAUUAAGCAGGCUUGCUCUCAAGUUGUCUUUGGUCUCUGCUUGUCCCUGCAGCCUGAUGAGCAAUACAGUUGCUUGGCAUGGGCUGGCCUACCCUUGUAGGUGGCCUGGUGGUGUGUACUACAGCAUGUUACCCUGCAGAUAAUCUGUUCAGAUAAUCCUUGUAAACUGGUAACUGAUACCCAGAGCUGGGCUGCAUCUCCAUUCUUCUCUGUUCUUCCCAGUCCCCCCUCAAGAUGAUUCUAGACGUUCCUUCUAGACUGAAACUACAUUUAGUCUUUCAUUCUUACAUAAUUCACUCUCUUAUUGGUAUGAGCAGUGCCAUAGUGUCUUUGUAGGCACACAGGGCUGGUAAAUGUGCAGAAUUUUGACACCUUAAGAGUACUUUCCUACAUUUGAGAUGGAGUCCUAAAAUUAAUUUGGCCUGAGCUCUUUACCCGUUGUCUUUUUUUUUUUUUUUUUUGAGGUGAUGGCCUGAAUUACUGGAAGAGAUCAGGCUUUACAGUGGCUUGUAAAUGUGAAUGAAACACUUACUGGCACUACUCCUGGAAAUAGCUUUGAGCCCCAGAGCUGUGUGGAAUGAGUAUCCUUCAAGCACACCUGUGCUUGCUGUGGGGCACUUGGAUCACUGACCGUGUCAAGUGCAAGGGCCUGUGGUGGUAGUGCUGGAUCAGCCAAGGGAUCCUUGAAGUUAAGAUCCUCCUCUUCUAUGUCAUCUUCUACGGUUGCCUGGCAGGUAUAUUCAUCGGGACCAUCCAAGUGAUGUUGCUCACUGUCAGUGAAUUUGAGCCCAAAUACCAGGAUCGAGUGGCACCUCCAGGACUGACUCAAGUCCCCCAGGUUCAAAAGACAGAAAUUGCCUUCACUGCCUCUGAUCCCAGAAGUUAUGAACCCUAUGUGAGGAACCUGGCUAAUUUCUUAAGGGACUACAGUGAUGAGCAACAAACUGAAAACAUCGUGUUUCAGGACUGUGGAGACACACCUACUGAAUACAAAGAGAGAGGACCAUAUAAUGAUGCCCAGGGCCAGAAGAAGGUCUGCAAAUUCAAACGUGAAUGGCUGGAAAACUGUUCUGGGUUAAAUGAUCCCACCUAUGGCUACAAGGAUGGCAAACCAUGCAUCCUUGUCAAGCUCAACAGAAUUAUUGGCUUCAAACCUCAGGCUCCAGUCAACGAAAGCCUACCUCCUGAGAUUAUGGCAAAAUACAACCCAAAUCUCAUCCCUGUCCACUGUGUUGCCAAGCGAGAGGAAGAUGCAGACAAAAUUGGCACGGUGGAGUACUAUGGGAUGGGCGGCUACCCUGGCUUCGGGCUGCAGUACUACCCCUACUAUGGGAAGCUGUUGCAGCCACGGUACCUGCAGCCGCUGGUGGCUGUGCAGUUCACCAACCUGACCUACGACAUGGAGGUGCGCGUGGAGUGCAGGGCCUAUGGGCAGAACAUCGUCUACAGCGACAAGGACCGCUUCCAGGGACGCUUUGAUAUUAAAUUUGACAUUAAAAGCAGCUGAUCGUAAGCACAACUCUCUUCCUCCCCCCUCCUCCUUCUCCUAGCCAUUUAAAAAGGUUAAAAAAAAAAAAAAGAACAAAAAAGAAAAUCUACUAGUCUUGAACAAACUGUCAUACGUAUGGGACCUACACGUAAUCUAUAUGCUUUACACUAGCUUUCUGCAUUUACUAGGUUAGAAUGUAAACAAAGUGUAGCAAUAGCGACAAAUAUUUAUUCUACUGUAAAUGACAAAAGAAAACAAAAUUGAGCCUUGGGACAUGCCCAUUUUUACUGUAAAUUAUGAUUCCAUAACAGACUUGUAGUAAGCCGUGUUUCUGGCCCCUAAGUAUUGCUGCCUUGUGUAUUUUAUUUAGUGUACAGUACUAUAGGUGCAUACUCUGGUCAUUUUUCAAGCCAUGUAUUGUAUCUGUUUUCUACUUCUUGUGAGCAAAGACUUCUGCUGUCCAAGGUGUAAAUACUCAAUGGGACUAGAACUGGCAUGAAACUUCUCAUUAUUUUGUUCCUUUUCAAAGAAAGGCCCACCUGUGAGACGAUAUUUAACAGCACUCCAUAAGGCUUCUGGCUUUUCUGUGGUGUUAGGGUAUUUUAUGUGGAGGGGUGGCAGGGAAACUAACUUAAGUGAAGUCUAAGAGAAUAGGUAGGUGAUUGUGUACUGUGCUUUGUAGCAAAUGCUGUCUCUCUCUCCACCUCUUCCCUUAUCCUCCAGUAUGCUGUGUGAGAGACUGGGUCAGGCUAUCACUCUCCUCAGUGAUAGGCAUAACUCUGCUUUGUAUAUUUUCUUUUCUUUUCUUUUUUUCCUGCUGAAGGCAUCGCACACUGUGGUGCUAAUGUCUUUAUUGAAUGUUUUAGCCAUUUUCAUGGUGGAAGAAUUUUAUAUUUAUGCAGUUGUACUAUUUUAUUUUUUCUGCAAGAAAGUGUAAUGUAUGAAAUAAACCAAAGUCACAUGUUUGAAAAUAAAUCUUUAUUUUAAACUUUAUAAAAGCAAUGCAGUACCCCAUAGAAUGGUGUUAAAUGUUGUCUAAAGUGCAAAACUCUAUGUUCUAACAUGUAAUAAUAACCAGGAGUACAGUGCUCUUGUUGAUCUUGUAUUUCAGUCAGGUUGAAACAUUGGACAAAUAAAUGAAUGAACACACA